CCUUAAAAUUCGCAUUAUAUUAUUCCUUCACUAUAACACACAUACUAGGUCCAUUUUUCGUGAGCACUAUCCUAUACGUACGUCAAAAACCUAUGGCACCAAUAUGUUUGAAAUGGGACGAAAACCCGUUACAUGAAAACAAGUUCGUUCGUGAUGAGGAUGAACGACCAAAAAUCCCCUAUAACAAAUUUAGCAACGAAAUUCCCGUGAUCUCACUUGAAGGGAUCGAUGACAUGGAAGGUUGUGGGUUAAAAUCCCGUAGGGCUGAAAUAUGUGACAAAAUUGUAAAGGCGUGUGAGGAUUGGGGGAUUUUUCAGGUGGUGAAUCAUGGUAUCGAUACCAAGUUGUUGUCGGAUAUGACUAGAUUGGCUAGAGAGUUUUUUCAAUUGCCUACCGAGGAGAAGCUAAGGUUCGAUAUGACCGGAGGCAAGAAAGGAGGUUUCAUCGUUUCUAGCCAUCUUCAAGGAGAAGCAGUGCAAGAUUGGAGGGAGAUUGUAACCUACUUCUCAUACCCGAUAAAAGCAAGGGACUACUCAAGGUGGCCCGAUAAGCCCAAUGAAUGGAGGGCUGUUACUGAGGAAUAUAGCAAGGUGUUAAUGGGCCUGGCUUGCAAGCUUCUAGAGGUGUUAUCCGAGGCCAUGGGACUUGAGAAAGAAGCCCUUACAAAAGCAUGUGUUGAUAUGGACCAAAAGGUAGUGGUGAAUCACUAUCCAAAAUGUCCUCAACCCGACCUUACAUUGGGCCUGAAGCGACAUACUGAUCCAGGAACGAUCACAUUGUUGCUUCAGGACCAAGUUGGCGGGCUUCAAGCGACUCGUGAUGGUGGCAAGAAUUGGAUCACUGUCGAGCCUGUUGAAGGUGCUUUCGUGGUUAAUCUUGGUGAUCAUGGACAUUAUUUGAGCAACGGGAGGUUCAAGAAUGCAGACCACCAAGCCGUGGUGAACUCAAAUACCAGCCGACUAUCAAUUGCAACGUUUCAAAACCCUGCGCCGGAAGCAGUUGUGUACCCAUUGAAGAUUAAGGAAGGAGAGAAAUCAAUAAUGGAAGAACCUAUGACUUUCAUGGAGAUGUACAAGAAGAAGAUGAGUACUGACCUCGAGUUGGCUCGGCUCAAGAAAAUAGCCAAGGAUAAGCAACAAGCCUUUGAAGAAGUUAAGCCUAUUGAAAAUAUAUUUGCUUAAAACCCGACCUUGUUGCCCUAUAUCAGUACUUCUGAUUUCCUUUGUCUCGCAUCAAUGUGAAGAUUGAGUUAGAAAGUUAAGCGAUAGAGGGGGCAGAAAUGGCAUUGUCUAAUACCAAAUAAUGCAUAAUAAAAGAGUUUGAGACAUGUCAAAAAUGUGUGAAAAUGAUUUGAAUAUCACUAUUUUUUUUUUUUCGUUAACAAAUGUGUGGAAAUAUAUUGGUUUCCUGUAUGCCUAGUUAUAUCAUUGUAUCAUUAACAUCGGGAUUUUAAUAAAGUAUUUGUUAUUAUCA